GUUCUCGGCAAGAAUAGCACACUCCAGCAUGGAGAUCCGACGUCCGCAGGGGGAAGCGUCGGCGAAAGCCUCGCGAUCCGAACCGCAGCAAAAGUACAUUGAAUCUCUGCGUACAACCGCGGAAACACUGAACAUUGCAAGAGAGACGGCCGUUGCGCUUAGCCAACAGUCUGAGGCACUGGAUCGCGCUGAGCGCAACUUGGACCUGACAGAAACUACCGUUAAACAGGCGAAUCAUGUCGUGAGGGGCAUGACAUGGUCUGGAUGGUUAUACAACAAAUUCACCAAGGAGCCUUCUCUUAGUCGCCCGUUGCCGUCAACAGACAUCUCGAUGGGAUUUAUCUGCCCAGAAUGCCGCGUGGCCCAGCGAUCACAACAUGGUUUGUUGGAGCAUUAUGCGUCGAUGCAUGGGGACGGGCCAUCCUCUUCGCCGCAGGACUCCCAGCAACGGCAAUCAAUACGGGAGCUGUUUGCAUCGAGUUCAUCUCAGACACACGACAACAGCACCUCUCAACGAUCUGGAAACGUGGACGACGAAGGAUUGAAUCCCGACCAACGGGCGUUCCUGGAUGCCCUUGCUCCUCAGCUGCUCGAAAUGAAGCACGCAAGUCGUGCGAUCGGCAAUGCCUUGGACCAUCACAAUGCCCAGCUCGACCGCAUCGAUGCGAAGUCAGAGAAAACGAAAGAUGACUUGCGCCUUGUGACGGCGAAAGCAGUCAAGCUGACGAGCUCGUCCAUGACAAUCGACGCGCAGUUUCGGUGUGCCUUGCAAGAGCAGCAGAGUCGGCGGUUUCUGACCGUCGUCAACGGCGAUCCGACCUUCAGCAUGGACACGGCGUCCGAGAGUUGCAUUUUUCGAGCGUUCACGCUGACGGGCAAUGCGGAAGUGUGGGGCUUCCAGCACGAACAAAGCAUGCGGUGGCUCGGGCUCAACAUGUUUGGCAGCGUCAAGGCACAAGGAGAAGCGCUUCGGUCGUACGAACAGUUUGCUCUCGACACCGGACGGGAGUGGACGACGCUGUACAGUUUUGCCAGUACGUUUGGCAACGGAGGGUGGCUGUGCGUGCGGCAGGAUGGGUCGGUCCAUUGCAUCCGGCGGACAGCAUCGAACAAAGACCAAGCGAUGCGUGUGAAGAUCGUGCGUAUCGAGCCACCGGUGGCAGCAGAACGGUCGCGGUCGUAGGAGUCGCUUCGACCACGUUCAUCGAUGAAGACACACAGAAAAAUAUUAAAUUACCAAUAUUAUAUGACAAAUAAAUAU